AUGAAUGGGGGUUUGUCUUCGGUAAUAAGGCAAGUGUUAACAAAACCAACGAUCGAAUGCUUUAAUGUGACUAAUUCCGCGGGGCAAAAGGAUUGGAAAGACGUGAUUAUCCGGCUGAUUCAGGAGCAAGAUGAAGGAGCAACUCUUACUGUGGAAGAUGCAAAGCAGAUACCACGAUAUUGCUUGUGGGUAGAGGCCGAACCGUUAGCUAAGAUUUCAGCUACUCAGGUUCAGAAGUUUGUAUGGAAGAUAGUUUACAGGUUCGGUUUACCCAAGGCGAUCAUCACUGAUAACGGUCGGCAGUUUGUAGACAAGAAACUCGUUGCUUUUUAUAGAGAAUUGGGAAUUACACCUAUUACAAGCUCGGUAGAGCACCCGCAAACGAACGACCAAGCCGAAGCAACAGAUAAAAUCAUUGUCCAGGAGUUGAAGAAGAGGUUGGGGGAGGCAAAGGGAGCAUGGGUGGAUGAGUUACCUCAAGUAUUAUGA